AUGGACAUAACAAUUAUUUUAAUCAUUAUAAUUUUUAAUAAUUUUAGGGUUGAUGCAAACACACCAUUUACCCUGCGAGCAAUUUGUCCAUUUAAAUUUGUGUUAAAUCAUAAACCAAAUAGAAUUCCAUCAACAUUAAUUGAAGUAGAAUGCCUAAGUCAUAGCCCUUCACAAAUUUUAUUAGGCCGUCCACUUCCCUUAAUUGAGUGUGAACCAAUGAGAUGGACAAUACGUGUUUUGGAAUGUAAUAAUGAUAAAAAACAGGAAGGGAAGGAAGAAAAAAUUAAUUGUUUGCCUGUAGAAGAACAUAUUCCGUUAGCUUGUGUUCCUGUCCUUCAAGCAAAUAAAGAAUCUAGAGAACCAAUAAGAAGUGAAGACGAUUUAACUGAUAUUGUUGCGGUUAUUUCUGUUCCAGCUGAACCUUUAAAUGAGAAAUUUGUACCAGUAUAG